UGACAUGUUUUGAUUUUUAUUCCAGAUUGUGUUUUGAAGUACCUACUUUCGAUUAAUAUCGAUGUAAUUUAUUUUUGUUAUUAAAUAUUACAUUUAUUUAAUCCAAAUACCACCAAGAAAUGAUUAAUAAAUGACUUGACUUAUCGAUGAUAUUAUAACUGAAAUAAAUAACCUCAAAAUCAAAACAAAGCAAGAAUGGCUACGAGGUUCGAUGCGGCGGCAUAUACAUUUCGAAAGAAAUUUCCAUUCGUUAGCAAAGACUUGCUUCGAUGGUUUCCGGGGCACAUGAACAAAGGUCUGAAGCAAAUACAACGGACAUUAAAAUCGGUCGAUUGUGUGAUAGAAGUCCAUGACGCAAGAAUACCGUUUUCUGGACGAAAUCCAAUCUUCACAAGUACAAUAACAGGUGCAAAGCCUCACAUAUUAGUUCUGAAUAAGAGAGAUUUAAUUAUUAAUUCCUUAAUACCGAAAGUAAAAGACCAAUUAGUGGCAGAGGAAGGUGUCCAAAAUAUAGUAUUUACGAAUAGUAAAGAUCAGUUUUGCAGAGGUUUGAAGUCAUUAAUGCCCUUAAUGAUAGAUCUGAUAAAGAAUUCCAACAGAUACAAUCGUUCCGAAGAAUUAGAUUACAAUGUAAUGAUAAUCGGAGUGCCGAAUGUUGGUAAAUCAUCACUUAUUAACAUGCUCCGAAGUAGGAAUACACACCAGAAACAUGCUCUACCAGUUGGAGCCGUAGCAGGAGUGACAAGGAGUCUUCAAACCAAGAUGAGGAUUAAUAGCAACCCAAAGAUCUUUAUGUUUGAUACUCCUGGUAUUCUAGAACCUUCUGUUACCAAUGUGGAGAUGGGUUUGAAGUUAGCUCUCUGUGCUUCGCUACAAGACCACCUGGUGGGUGAGGAGGUGAUAGCCGACUAUUUAUUGUACUGGCUCAAUAGCCAUGGAAAAUUCAAUUAUGUGGACUACAUGGGGCUGGAAGAACCGUGUGAUGAAAUUAAUAAGGUACUAAUAUCUGGCAGUGUGAAAUAUAAUAGGAUAAGGAAUAUCCGAGAUUACGACGGUAGUACCAGGAUGGUCCCGGAUAUUGUUGAAGCGGCCCGGUUAAUGAUACGCGCGUUUCGGACCGGGGAAUUGGGGAAAACCUUACUGGAUGUAGAUUUGUUAAGGGAUAGAAUAAAUGUGGAUAAGGAAAAUGUAUUGUAAAUAUAGUAUGAAGUUAUUGUAAAUAAAUUUGUUGAAAUUGUGUUUUUUUU